AAAGGUGGGAAGAAAUCGGAUGACUCAUCAAAUAUCAAGCAACAACGAGAACAUUCUCAAGCCUCGUAACUCUCGAUCAUAAAGGAGCGCAACACAGGCAAAACCAUAUCCGAACCUUCGACAUCAUUUGAUUAUUUCUUCCCCAAUCGAAUCGAACUCUCUAAUCAAUGCAAAUUUAUGAAGUUGUGUUCUGAAACAAUAGAAUUCGAAUAAUUCAACCAUGAAUCAGAUCCAAUAGAUCCCAUUCCCAUUUGAGCAGAUCCAAGAAUCAUCGAUCAGCAAAUGGCUGGGAUCUUCGAGUACUUCGUGGUGUGUGGGCUUGGUCCGGAGGUCCGAACCCUAGACGGCAACAAGGGCUUCCAUGGAAUGGGCGUUAUGUACUUGGCCUCUCUUCUUGAUCAGUACCCUCCUUCCAAUCACUCCCUCUACCCUCCUCCGCCGCCUCAGCUUCCCACUUGUGUUCUGCCAGCUGGUGUGGAGUUCUAUUCAUCAGGGUUUGAUUCUAAUGAUGUCUCAACUUUUCCUCGGAGCUAUCCCAUUGUUUUAACUGAGGGUGAUGGUUCUAAAAUUUAUGUUAGCUGCAUUGCUUUUCGAGAUCCAGUCAGUGAUGAUAUUGCAGAGGCUUAUCGUAUUCCCCCAAAUUCCUUUGCUGACAAGUGUAUUUGUCUUGUUUCGCGCUUGCCUAGUUUCUGUAUGCUUCGAAAUGCACUGGAGGAACUAUUUGCACUUUGCUUUUCUCCUACAGGAAGCAGCAAGCCCCUGUGGGACGUUAUAGAAUAUAUGGUGUCUAAUGUUCCUCUGCCUACUCCUGGAAAGGAUAGAGUCCUAUUUGCUAUUGAGAACUGCCUGCUUUCUGUGGAGGCUCCUCCAAAAGAGGGGCUCCCCCAUGCUGAUAUAUCAUUCCAGCCACUGGUAGAAUGCUUGGAUGUUGACAACUUAAUUACAUUUUUUACAGCUGUAUUACUUGAAAGGAGGAUAUUGCUGCGAUCAAACAAGUACUCACUUUUAACUCUUGUAUCCGAGGCCAUAUGUCAUUUAAUUUAUCCAUUCCGGUGGCAGCAUGUAUACAUUCCAUUACUAUUUUUCAGUGGAGUGGACUAUAUUGAUGCUCCUACACCAUAUAUGAUGGGUCUCCAUUCAGGUGUUGACACUUCUAAUCUGGCAAUGGAUGGUGUUGUUGUUGUUGACCUUGCAUACAAUCGGAUUACGACAACAGAGGAAAUACCUCCUAUACCGGAGCCAGAUCUAUCAUCUUUGCGUGGUGAUCUAUUGAAGUUAUUGCAUCCCAAUGUGGUGGGGAUAGAUGCGAUGAAAGCUAGUUUUGGUAAUUCAUCAGAGCAAUAUCCUAAAGUUGGCAACAAACCUUGGGGAGAAGAUCAUGAUCUUCAACUUAGACUAAUAUUCCUGAAGUUCUUUGCAUCAAUUUUGGGUGGCUACCGCAAUUUUAUUGAAAAUACGGGAACACAUGUCUUCAACACUCAAGCAUUCUUGAAGAAGCGCGCUCGAUCAACCAAUCAACCACCAGAGCCCAUGAUAACUCAGUUCUUGGACUCUCAUGGCUUCUUGGAUUAUGCGGAGAGGGGUUUAGGUUCUGAUGAAAAUUAUAACAAUCUUCUUGACAAAUUACAAGAUGCAAUUGGAAGGGGUCAAAACCCUAUGUCAAUUCUUCCAUCAUCUUUGGUAGAGCCUGAGAUUAUAACAAUAUCGGAUCCUGGUGUUGGAAUAUCAGGAUCUGGUGCGAAAUAUACUUAUGAUAGGUUUCCUUCAAACAAUAGAACAGAAGAGCAAAAAGAAAAGAGGAAGCAGAUUCUUGCAGCAGCAAGUGGAGCUUUUGAUUAUUCAGGAAGUAGACAUACUCCUAGUUCACCUUCUGUGCUUGUGGGUAAAGAUAAGGCAGAAAGUCUGAGUCCAAGAGAAAGGGCUGCAGAACGGGAACGCAUGGUUCUGGACAUCAAAGUCAAACUGCAGGGAUUAUGGUUGCGUCUUUUGAAAUUGGGAGCAACUGAUGAUCCUCUCUCAUCAUUUGAAUAUGGUACAAUCCUUGCUUUGAUUGAGUCUGAUGCGGAAGGAAUUGGCGGUAGUGGAUUUGUUGAGUGUAUAAGGGAGCACAUACAUUCAGGAUGGCAAUGUCAUUUGACUGAGGAGCAGUUUAUUGCAGUCAAAGAAUUGCUCAAAACUGCAAUUGGUCGUGCAACCUCUCGGAAUGACAUGCCCACCAUCAGAGAUGCACUUGAGGUGUCUGCUGAAAUGUAUAAGAAAGACGCUAAUAAUGUUCCAGACUAUGUCCAACGCCAUCUUAUUUCUCUAUCUAUCUGGGAAGAGUUACGGUUUUGGGAAGGAUACUUUGACUAUCUAAUGGAUCGAUCUUCAAACAAGUCAACCAAUUACGCAACUCAGGUGACAACACAGCUAAUUUUAGUGGCAUCACACAUGGCGGGGUUGGGACUUCAUGAUAAUGAUGCUUGGUACAUGAUUGAAACAAUUGCGGAGAAAAACAACAUUGGAAACAAGCAGUUUAUAAAACUCAGAGGUUUCUUGUCACAUGUCCAACAACUACGCAUCAGUUACUGGGGAAUCUCUUCCGUGAAGGCCCAAUCCAUGUCCUCAUUUGGAUUGCCAUCCCCACAUUCACAUGAUUCCACAGAUGAUGAUCAACAACCUGCUGAGGCUUCUGGCGUUGGAAGGAGCUGGGUCCAGAGCAUGUUUAGCAGAGAUACAACAUCAAGAACAAAUUCUUUCAGUCGUGUUCGUAGGUGGACUUCUGAUAGUGGCACUUUAGCUGCAAAUGAGAAUGGAACUCCUCGCAAACAAGAUCUAUCCUCUUUUGGUCAAAAGAAAAUUCAGACCAGUGUUCGCAUGCUUAGAGGUCAUAGUGGUGCUGUUACUGCAUUACAUUGUGUAACAAGAAGAGAGGUGUGGGAUCUUGUGGGUGAUCGUGAAGAUGCAGGUUUCUUUAUCAGUGGAAGCACAGACUGCUUGGUGAAGAUCUGGGAUCCUACUCUUCGUGGUUCUGAACUUAGGGCAACUUUGAAAGGACAUACAAAGACUGUCCGUGCAAUAAGUUCUGAUCGUGGGAAAGUGGUAUCAGGAUCUGAUGAUCAGUCUGUUAUUGUAUGGGAUAAACAAACAUCUCAACUUCUAGAAGAGCUAAAAGGCCAUGAUGGACAGGUCAGCUGUGUGCGUAUGCUGUCAGGAGAACGUGUCCUUACUGCUGCCCAUGAUGGAACUGUGAAGAUGUGGGAUGUGAGAACUGAUACGUGUGUGGCAACUGUUGGUCGUUGCUCGAGUGCAGUUCUUUGCAUGGAGUAUGAUGACUCAACAGGAAUCUUGGCUGCUGGUGGUAGAGAUGCGGUUGCAAACAUUUGGGACAUUCGUGCCGGUCGGCAGAUGCACAAGCUUUUAGGGCAUACAAAAUGGAUCCGGUCAAUAAGAAUGGUCGGAGAUACUGUUAUUACUGGUAGUGAUGAUUGGACAGCAAGAAUGUGGUCUGUUUCACGAGGUACAUGUGAUGCUGUUCUAGCUUGCCAUGCUGGUCCAAUUUUAUGUGUUGAGUAUUUGAUGUCAGACAGAGGAAUAAUAACAGGUUCAACUGAUGGGCUGCUUCGAUUUUGGGAAAAUGAAGAGGGAGGUUUAAGAUGUGUGAAGAAUGUUACUAUUCAUAAUGCUCCUAUCUUAUCUGUCAAUGCUGGGGAACACUGGUUAGGAAUUGGAGCAGCUGAUAAUUCUAUGUCUCUCUUUCAUCGGCCUCAAGAAAGACUAGGUGGCUUAUCUAGCACAGGAUCAAAGAUGGCUGGGUGGCAACUAUACAGAACACCGCAAAGAACAGUUGCCCUGGUAAGAUGCGUGGCUUCAGAUCUUGAAAGAAAAAGGAUAUGCAGUGGUGGUCGUAAUGGACUUCUUAGGCUAUGGGAAGCGACCAUCAACAUCUAAGUCUUGUGUUGUGCUGUAUUUAUGUUUGUUUGAAGUGGUUGGCGAAACUUUGUGGUGGGGUGCAAUUUGUACCAAUUAUUGUAAUUUUGUGGAGUAAUUAUAGGAUGAUGAAAAAUCACAAAAUCAACCAAAAAUUUUGCACUUUCGAUGUAGUUAUAUAAUUAUUUUUGUUUAAAUGGUUGUAACACCUUAUUUUUAACACAUUUUUGGGACAAAUUUGGAUGUUAAUGGAAAAUGUUAAGAUAUAAGAUCGGCUUGGGUUGCCAAGGAUGUCACUCGUA